UGUGUAGUUGGAAUGAGAUGGAAAACAUAUUCAAAUGUCUAUUUAAAUGUCCGCCUGCAGUGGCAGUCAAACAUCCUACCUCUUGCAGACGGUGGCUUUUGCAAAUGAAAAUUUUAACGGACAAACUGGGAGUAAACCCACAGGUUAAUGUAGAUGGAGAGAUAUCAGGAUACAGGAUGGUCACAGUACAUUGAGAAAUACUCCACAAGGAUUACAUCUCCUCUCCUACUCCAACUGUCACUGGGGUUGACAACACAAAGGUGGAACCUAUGUCAGAAGAAAUUACGUCACUAUUAGAUAAAACAGGAAGACUUUUGCUAAAAAUGUUCUUACAAAUUAGCCCCCCCUCUUCUUAGCGUGGCACUGAAUCCAUUAGACAAGGUUUUCCUCCACCUGUAUUUACCUGGGUCACCAUUUCUCUUCUUAAAACACACACACAUAAUAUGCAGAUCGUUCCAGACCAUAAUGCAUUGCGUUAGGGGGGUGAAAUGCAUUGUGGAAGAUGUAUUUUAUUUGGGUCAUUUGUCGGAAUGCAAACAACACUGAUAGUAGCUCAAAACAUUCCCUGAUGAGCCACCAGUCAGGGUUCAGGGGGAGAGACGUGUUAGUGGAGCAGUAAAAGUCAGUGACCGUCUUUGUUGUGUUUCUCUCGAGUCGUGGCUGAACACAAACACUCUGAAAAUAGAUGAAGGCUGCAGCACCUUUCUCUGCAUCUCAGAAAACAAGGUGACGCCAUAUGUGAAGUGUGUCUUCAUCCUAGUGUUGAUAGUGUGUCUGUGUGGUUGUAUCCUAUUUUCUGGAUUGCUUGCAACGUCAAUACUUUACAAAAUGUGUUGCUGUGUUUUCCCAUGGCCACGGGACCUCAGGUUCAUCUGAGGGAGGUUCCAUUACUCCUUCUCUUGCUCUGUGGAGAAAUUCACCUGAUGCCAUUAAGCUUUGUGUUUUUUUAUGUAUUCAGCCAGCCCGAGCUUCUUGUCUCUGGUUUCACUUGCAUUUGAUGUGGAGACUGGGUUUUGUCUGUCUCGGUUAAACUGGACAUCGUUGGUGCUGUGGGGGGGGGACUCUUUGAUUCUUUGGACCUGGCUGGGUUUGAAUAUUUGGGUGGGUAACACUCCUUGCCAGCACAGGUCAUGUGUCACCUUUGCCUGGAUGGUCCUUGUGAUCUUAAGUUGUAUCAAGGCUGGUACUUGUACUUUAUCCUGUCACGAUUGUAAUGACAAAUUUAAUCCUACUACUUUCUUUACUCUUUCCUUCACUGUCUUGUUUGGAUCUCACCCUUGGCUCUGAUUUGAGUUGCACUACGUGUAUGAUACUGCUUUUCUCACCAGGAGAUAUUUGUUUGUUUUUCAUUUUUGCAUCUCUCGCGUGUUUGAAGCCUGCAGCGACUCCAGCGGGGGGGGGGGGGCGGCACCUGCUGUGGUCACACACCGAAUUCUCCUGAGUUUCUACAGACUUUGUAUCAUGAGGCCAGGUGGAGAAAGUUCGCAGAGGCUCUCACUCGGAUAUUUGUGUCCACUCAUGAACGUCCUCGAGAGAAUAACAGGGUGGAGGUUAAUGCGGUUUAAAAGCAGCUUUAGUAACACAAUCUCCAAUUCUUACCAAUUCUUACCAGUCAAACUAAUUAAGGACCCCUGUUUUUAUCAGGUUUCAAACCAGCUUGCUCUACGGUUGUCCUUGAGAGAACCCAUGUCCAUGUCUUUAAUUAGAAGGACUACCAUGCUACUUCCUGUCUAUCAUCUGGUUGGGUUGUAAAGGCUUAAGCUGGUUUGUUUGAGAUCUCCUCUCCCAGAAUGUGCUGGUGUCUGAUGGAAAGCCACAGCCCAAGGCUGAACCUGGUCACUGGCUCCUCCCAUAAUAACUCUAUUCCCUCUCUUAUUGGGCAUAGAUUUGCAUAUCUGACAUAUUGAAGAAUUGAUGGACAACCAGGGGCCUUACCUGUUUUCUUUAGGUCACAAACAAACAAGUCAUCACACACAUGCAACGAUCAGCUCUCAAGUGUGGCCUCGGUAUCUGGAUCAAAGCAGUCAAUCCCCUUCUCUCCCUCUCUCUCUCUCCCUGUGUGUUGUCUUGGGGCAGAAUGCAGUGUUGAUCUGUGCUCCCUUCUCACAACGGUAAGCCAGAAGAUAAUGGCAACCAACAACAGCAGCAACCCAUGUGUUGAAUUACAUAACUUGAUGCCCCUUGGUAUAAGAGAGUUGACCGGCACCAGGGAAAGAGACCAGCCUCCCCCUGCAAGCAGCCAAGACUCUUCCUGCACCUGCCUCACCCCCCCACUGCUUACCAGUCCCCUGGCCAAUAGCACCAAGGGACAACGGGGAGAGGAACACGGCUACAGCCCAGUGGAUCCCAGCCCAGAACAAGGCCUUCAUAGACCUGAAAGACAGGAACAUGUGGGGCUCAAUGGACAAACUGACAACUACUCUAAACUGAUCCGACUACUGGAUGAAUCCGAGUCGCUCUCUGCUCGGCCUGUGACUCCUCAACACUCCGUUCGCUUGCAGCUGUAUAAUCGCCAAUAUCAGAAAUUCAGGGACAGGCAACUUUUAGACCCCAAGGUUUGGAAGGACAUCUACUAUUCCAGACCAGGCCGGGUACCGAACCACCAGCCUUACCAUCAUCUCGGGGAACGGUAUCGGGAGCUCCGGGCCACCAGCACCGUUGCCUUUGCUAGUUCUGCUCGCCACCGCUCUCAUCAGUGGAGGGUGGCCUGUGGAGUGACGUGCUACAACCACCCUGAAGGACCGUGGUGCGAAGUCCAGUCCCAGGACGGGACCCAGAUCUGCAUUCUAGCAGCUCUCCCCAUGUCAGACACCCCUCAAACUGCUGUUCAGCUCCCUUCGCAGAUCUCUAGGCACCACCCCUCUGUUCCCCCCCCCUGAACCUUCAUCACUGACCCCAUCCACCUGAUAGGAGAUAUGACUCACCUUGGCAAAAUCCAAGAGAGGGUAUUGGGGGGGGGGGGGAACAUACAAGGGGAGUAAAAGAAGGAGAGAAAGAGGAGGAACACUGACGGCUUCACAGACUGGAAAGUCAUCUGAGAGAUUUUAUUUAUAUGUUGUUUGUGAAUUAUCAACUGUUGUUAAAAGACGAUGGCCACGGGCAGAUUCUGUUUUGUAGUUGUCAGUGAUUUUUCAGACUUUUUUAUAAUUUUCAGAUCACAUCAAAAGCGAAUGCAAGAGUAAAAUUAAUAAUCUGUAUCUUGAACCUGUGAAUACAUGUCAGUUAUCAUGAGAUGAGACUUAUCGGUUCGAUCGCUGUAUACGGUGUAACUCUGGGAGGAGACAUUUUCGGAAGAUUUCAGUUUAGAAGGAACAGGGAUGAAAAUUACUAAGAAUUAUGGUUUUCUAAAUCAUUUGAUCAAAUUAUUUUCUGACUAUUUGUUCACUUUGCUGAAUAAAACUGACCUGAGUUUUUUGUGA